AUUUUACGAGCUAGCUCUGGUUUUUCAUGUGUUUUGUUUUUAAUUUUGAAGACUCUUUUUUUUGUUCUAUUGAGAUGGUUUUACCUCGAGUAAUUAAAUUAAUUCAUUCUUACAAUGUGCCUCUUUACUGUCAAUUACGGUCCGCAUCAAGAUCCUGGAUUUACAAAGGAGGAAAAGGUAUUGACAAGGGAAAAGGGUUUUCAUUCACUUAUACCUCUACACCAGAUGAUAAAAGACAAAUACCACUCAGUCAAAAAUUAAUUCCUGAAGAGUUGGAGUCAAUGAGACUAAAAUAUCCUGAAUUUCUUCCUUCCACCAAGCCUGAACACCGAAAUAAAAUUAAAACUGUUUUAGAGCAUAAUGAUAUGUUACAAAGAAGAAACAAUAUCGAUAUCCCGGAAUUUUAUGUGGGUUCAAUUCUUGCUGUUACGGUCUCUGACCCUAAUGCUGCUGGCAAAAUAUCUCGUUUUCUUGGUAUCUGCAUUUUUAGAGAAGGCACUGGCCUCAAUUCAUGUUUUACUUUAAGAAAUAUUGUCGAUCGUGAGGGUAUUGAAAUUAGAUAUGAUCUUUAUAACCCAACUAUUCGUAGUAUCGAAGUGAUAAAAUUGGAGAAGCGAUUAGACCAAGAUUUAAGAUACUUGAGAGAUGCAGAACCUCAAUAUUCUACUUUUCCUUUGGAUAUGGAACCAGAAUUGAGAAAAGAAGGUGCUCCAGUGCCAGUGAAUCCAAUAAAAGUUAAAAUGCUUCCUCUACCUUGGUCUAUAGAUUGGUUCAAAAUUCGAUAUCAACAUCAAACUUAUGGAAUUGAGAAAAUGCGUGGUGUUUGGGAAUAUUAUUACAAACGUUCUGUUCAUAACAGACAUCACAACGAAUAUGAACAAUUUGAUUUAAUGAAGGAGUAUCGUUCUCAUAUACCAGAAGAUGCCCAACUACCUAUUUGGAACAAGCUUUCGGAUUACGAAAAGUCAACAAGUGAAAUUAAAAAGAAGGCUAGAAGAGCCAAAAUGAUAAAAAGAUAGAUAUUGUAGAAAUAGUGUGUAUAUUUAUAAAUUGUGUUUAAGUAAAAAAUUUGAGUGACAAAAUGCAUUAAUUGAUCUCUUUACCAAA